UGCGAUAUGGCGACUAAGAUUUUCUGGAAAACAAGACUUUUAUUGGAUAAAUUAAGUCACGUGAUAAUACUUCUUUUUAUUUACAUUUUGGAUUUAAAACCGUUAAGACUGAUAAUUAUGAAAUACUGUUACAAACUGUGUGUACUUAGGUAACUAAUGUGAACCAAAAUGGAUUUGAAGAGCUUAAUUUUCAAAAUAUUUUAUCUAUUUGUUUACUUAGGAAACAGUAGCUCUCUGACGCCGAUAGUUAUUGUCCCUGGAAUUGGUGGAAGUCAAAUAGAAGCAAAAUUGGAUAGAAAUGAAAGCUUACAUAAUUGGUGUUAUAAGAAAUAUCCUGAUUGGUUCACAAUAUGGCUAAGUGUUGAAGAACUAAUUCCCUUAGUCGAGCCUUGUUGGGCUGAUAACAUAAAGCUUAAUUACAAUGAUGAUACAAAAAGGAUGGAAAACUCAAAAGGUGUAUAUACUAGAGUACCUGACUUUGGCAAUACAUCAGCUAUUGAGUGGUUGGAUCCUAGUUUUCAUAUACCAGGAAUGUAUUUUUACCCAUUUGUUGACAAUCUUGCUCGGUUAGCUGGCUAUGAAAGAGGGAAAACAUUGCGAGCUGCACCAUAUGACUUUCGUUAUGAUCCGAAUUCAGCUGGUGAUUAUUUUGAAAACUUGCGUUUAUUGAUUGAAAAAACAUAUUUUGAAAAUGGUAAUAAAACAGUAAUGUUAAUAUCACACAGCAUGGGUGCUCCGUACUCCCUCCACUUUCUGCAAAAGCAAACACAAUCAUGGAAAGAUAAGUUUAUAAUGGCAUGGACUACAAUUUCAGGUGUUUUUGGAGGAUCAGUUAAAGCUGUGCUUGCUUAUAUUAAUGGAGAUGGUUUUGGAGUUCCUCAUAUUCUUGAUAAUCCAACAACAUUUAGAGCUUUUCAACGUACAUUUCCUAGUCUUGCUUACAUACUACCAGAUUCUAGAUUUUGGCAUGAUCAAGAGGCAAUUGUGAAGACAAAUAAACAAAGCUAUUCUGUUAAUGACUAUGAUGAAUUGUUUCAAGAUAUAAACUUUCCAUUAGCGCGUACGAUAAAGAAACUUGUCCCUUCAGCAUGGAGUGCUGAACCUCCUGGAGUGAAAAUGUUCUGUUUUUAUGGGAAUUUAGUUGAAACACCUGAAAUGCUCUAUUACAAAACAGGUUUUUUUCCGGAUAAUCUUCCUUUGAUACAUUUUGGUGAUGGUGACGGAACUGUAAACUUAAGAAGCCUGGAAGGUUGUAAAAUAUGGAAAGGUAAACAAAACCAACAAAUUAUACACAGAAUGUUUUCAACAGCAGAGCAUAACCGCAUAUUAGGUGAUUCGCGUUUGAUUCAUUCAGUCAUAGAUGCACUAGAAGAAAAGUUGUAAAUACGCUUCAAAGUUUUUUUUAUCAUAGAAUAUAUUGUAAAUUAUUAGAGUUAUAAAUUUUUGCAGUUCAA